AUGACCGGUUGGCAGUAUUUCAUAUACAGUGUUUUGGGGGUGAAAGUACCAAUCAAGGGGAGCGUUGAUGCGACGGAUCGCUCGCCACCAUUGAGGAAACACCAAGUAUCAAUCACUUGGUUGACGAAGUAUUUUAGGGACCUUCACGACCCUGAAAAAAAUGGGGUGCCCCUAAACGAGGAAAGUCCGGAGCUAGAGAAGGAAAGAUAUGCUCGUGUCUAUCUCAUAGGCAUGAUAGGAGGAGUGUUCUUCUCCAAAAAAUCGAGAAAUUUAAUUAGCUGUGGAUGGCUUAGGAUCCUCCUUGGUAGUUGGGAUGAGAUGGGGGAGUUGAGCUGGGCAUCCGCUUGCCUAGCUAGCUAAUAUCUACCACAAUUUGUGCAAUGCAUCUCUCAAAGCUGUGAGGGAGGUCGGCGGCGCAAUGUUCAUCGCCCAAUUUUGGGCUUGGGAGCAUUUGCCAUGGAUUGCACCGCUCAAAUGUCCCGACAGCAAUUGGGGUCCCGAUCAUCCCCUAAGACUCGAAGCUUAUGGUUGCAGGUGGGUUAGAGCCUCAACAUGCGACAACCUUGCCCAAC